AUGACAGAAAAGCAAAUUGAAGCCACAAAGAAAUUAAUCAGAAAUACGUGCACAAAUAAACAAGGUGCCGCUAAAGAAAAAGUUGACGGAAUGCAAAAAGGAGAUUUUGAUUUUAAUGAUAAAAAUUCAAUGUGUUAUUUGCAUUGCGUACUGAUGACUUAUAAGUUGAUGAGAAAGGAUAACACAUUCGAUUGGGAAGAAGGCUUGAUAGUACUUAAAGAUAAAGCUCCGCCAAGCAUAGGUGUUCCUGCUAGUGCAAGUUUUUCGCAUUGUAAAGAUGCCGUCAAAACGAAAGAACACAAAUGUACAGCGGCUAUGGAGAUAGCUAAAUGUCUCUAUGAUUUCGAUCCUCCUAAUUAUUUCCUACCAUAAAGAGACCAAAGGACUACAGUUUAAAACAUUUAUUUAACCAGAUAAUGAUGCCACUUCGUUGUUAAAG